UCCGGGUCUAUGUAGUGAGAGGCUGCCGGGCACACGCGCGAGCUGCAGGCGCAGAGGUGGAGAGUUUGACUUUACAUUGUCCUCCUCCUCCUCCUCCUCCUCCUCCUCCUCCUCCUCCUCCUCCUCCUCCUCUCUGGGGCUGUGUUUCUCCUGCGCCCGGACACUGCGCUGCCUGACGGAUAUGUGCACACAGGAUGAUGACAACCCCUUUCCUCCCCGUAGAAGUAAAAUAAAAUAGGCUUUCGCUCACACUGGAUUUACUCCUGUCGUUCCAUAUGAAGAAGCCAAAAAUUUGGAUACGCGUCUGUGUCCAUAUACUGCUGUUCAUCGCACUUGGGGUACAUUCGAGUAGAUUUGACGUCAACCCAGUGACAGAUGACAUCUCAAGACUCUCUAUUUUGAGACAAAAUAUUCCCAAAGAUUACAGGAUUCCUGUACAGUACGUUACAAAAGAAGAGGGAGGCAUAUGUUGGGUAAAAUUGAACGUCUUCUACUUGGAGGAGAGUUUACAAGAUUUAGCGCACAAGUUUGGAAACAUUUCAUCCAACAGAAAAGAUAUUAGCAUAUUCAUCCAAAUGCUCCAGGAACUGCGGCUCAACAUGGGGUCUUUGGAGCCCAUCAUGUAUGAUUUCGAGUGCCACUACCGGGAAGAGAGGUGGCAGACGGGGCGCUACUUUGACCUGGUCAAAAACUUCCUCAUAGCGGCGCAGAAUGAAGAAGAUUCAGACGACUGUGAUCCUCCUCCAUGUCCCACGACGUCGUACACAGCAGCGACAGAAAAAUAUUUAAAUGUAUCUCCAGCGUCCAGCAGUAAAGACACCGAAUGUGCAACAGGCUGCAAACCACAUUCUAAAAUGAGCGCCCUGACGGAGGUGAUGGAGCGAAGCCUUCUCUCCUUACUGUUGAUUCCCCUCCUAGCUCUCGUAUUCCUGCUCGUAUGGAAGGUCCGAUCAUGUAGGAACGAGGAGGAUCUGCAUCAGAACCCUGGAGACGGUGGACUCUUCAAAGAAGUGACUGCGCCGCCACGAGAUGCUGAAGUAUCGGAAAAAAACAUGUUGAACGUCAUUGAGAUCGUGUAACAACGCUCCUACCCUCCGAUGUCCUUCGGCGUAAAUCGGACCCCCCCCCCCCUCCAUCCCUCCCUCCUGUUGGUGUCCAGAGGUGAUGGAAGAAAAAAAGAAAAAACACGACAAAAAAACCACGAAAAAGCACGAAGCUGAACUCUCCGCCCAAAAAAAGAAAAGGGGCGGUGGCUUGUUGUUGUCUCCAGAUUUCAUGGCCGCAGAGUUGUUGCCGUGCCCGAGGUCCGACGCGCCGUCCCCCCACCGUGUGGAUCGGCUCGCCUUUCUUGUAAGACUGCAUGAAUCCUUCUGGCAGAGACUACGAUUCAAGCCGAGCGUCCCGACCCCCCUCAACUGGCCUCUCGGGCUCCCACGUCCUCCAGAACCUGCUGCUCCAUGAACUAUCUGGAGGAGGACUCCCCCCCCCCCCCACAGCCCCCUUUCAGGACGUUGCAACAGUCUGCCGGUGUUUCUUUUGGACCCACCAGUUCAUCCUCAAACCAGCGGUGCCGAGAGGGGCCGACACUCGUCGAUCCUCCCGCAUGGACUGAGGCGUGAUCUACUACCUCCAGUGACCCCCACGUCUUCAACAGCGAGCCCCACGGGGGUCCUCUACGGUUCCGGGGGGGGGGGGGGGGGGGGUUCCCUCAAGAAUAUAAUGUUCAACAUUGUAGUCCCGACCCGUAGUCCCGUUGUCGAGGUCGAGGCUCGAGCUCGCGGGCGGUUGAAUGCUGUAUUUAUUUAUUUGGUGGCUGCACUGAGCUGCAUCGAUACAACUGAGAUGUUUCAAGCGAUCAUUUAAGAGCACCUCUACUAAUGGAAUUUAAAGAACAAUCUAAAUAUAUAUAUAUAUAUAUAUAUAUGUGUGUGUGUGUGUGUGUGUGUGUACGAACACAUCGUAACCCGGGCCCCUUUCACGAACAAGUUACAUUUCCUGUUACGAUGUUGUUGCUGUGGUCGGCGUCGAUGACUCGAGUGUGAAUGGCUAACAGAACAGAGACGCUGCUUCCACUAACUCACAUUUACAUUCUGCUCAUGAGUAUCAGGGACGUCUGUGAAUCCGGGAUUUUGUCUUCAUUUUAUUUUUAUUUUGUUCAAGGUGAAUUCAGAACGUAGGUGUUAGAUGUAAGUCAACGACGGGGCCUCCCCUAGUUAAUGAUUAGCUCUAUAAUGCCUUUAUUAUUGUUAUUAUAGUUCUUUGGAUUAUCUCACCUUUUUUUCCCGCUUGCAAAGCAAAAACUGUUACGGAGGUUUUUGAUGGCCAUGGAAACUAAUAUAAAGAGAGUGAAAUAAUAAGACUGAUUAUACAGAUGCUAUAUAAUAUAACAUUUCAAUAACCUAUCAACAACUCUUUACCUUUUCUCUCCAUGACCUAUACUCACAAAUCCAAAUCCACGAGCUCGGUCUGUUCCCUCAUGGUUUGAUCUGUUCUUCUUCUGCCUUUGUCCAGUAUCAUCAGUGUUGUGCUUGCAUAAUAAAAACCCAUUACAGACAA